GGAGUAAGAAAUUUUCUUUGGUAAAGCGAAACAUAUGAGUGAAAAAUAAAUUGUGUGGGUUUCUUAGUGUUUCUAUGCAAAAUGGCACGCUCCGUCACAGCGAACAAAUUUUUCGAUACCAGCCUGUGAAUUAUAUACAGGAUUUGUUAACAUCUCCUAUUCCUUCCCCCAAGUUGGUUUACAUAAUUAAAUAUUGCUUUGUCAGAGAAAUUCCCGAAAUAUCAGAAAAUAUGAACUGUUUCAUAAAAAGCACUAGUACAUACAAAUUUCCCUCUCUCACUCAAAAGGUGCAAUGCGCAUGCUCAUUAGCUAGGAUUACAAAAAGUGCGAGGCUGCAUGUGCAUGACAUCAUUAAAAUGGCAGCGUCCAUGAAAAGUUUUUUAAAAGUUGAUAAACAUGCAGAAUACAGUGAAACUAGUAUUGUCGCGUAAGGAUGUGAAUACAAUAAGAUAUAGAAAGUUACUGAGCAUGAAAACUUGCUGUAAAUAAAGUCUGAAAAGAUUGCUAAGUCUAGAUAUGGCACCUAAAAUGAUGGUUUUGAAAAUUGAAUGAAAUAUUUAAGAAGUUAAAUAGACCAAGAGGUAAAAAACAAUGAAAAAACAAGAAAGAAAACAAAGUUGUUAUGAUAUUUAUAUAUAACAUUGAAUGCUAGUACCCUCAAUUACUACACUAUCCCCCUCUAAAAACUUUGUCUCGAAGUGCUUAAACAGUUAGGUUUUGCUUGGUAAGAUUCAUCUCUCAGUUAUUCAAAAUGCCAAUGUCUAGGUGCUCGUAGAGUUCAUAAUUCUAAGUGUUCAUAAUUAGUGUUCACAGAGUUUUGCAGUUUUAUCUUGUGGUACCCAGUCUCCCAUGUUGUUGGCUCUUUCUUCAAGGGGAGUGGAUUUACAUCUUCUUGGAGGACCACCUUCUGGUUGAUGGUGCUGGUCUUCAUUCUCCAAGUUACUUCUGUGGGACCGUCUAGCCACCUUACCGAGCC